ACUCUAUACUGGGCACGUCGCUCCUCUGAGAUGGCAGCGGGAAUGGGGGGCUUGGCUGGGUGCCUGUGGCUACUAUCCCUCCUGGGUGGGCACCUUGUGGCAGCAGAGGACGUGCUGUCACAUGUGGCAUUUGUGCAGCGGACCCUGGCCUCGGAGAAGGGGCCUGCCGAGUUCAUGCGUGACAUCAACGGUGAUGAGGUCUACCACGUGGACUUGGAGCAGAAAGAGACUGUUUGGUGGCUGCCCCAGUUCCCGGAGUUUGUCAGUUUCGAGGCCCAGGGCGCACUGAGCAACAUCGCCAUCCUCCGCUCCAACCUGGACAUCCUCAUGCGCCGCUCCAACUACACCCCAGAGGAGAACGUCCCCCCUCAGGUGACGGUGUACUCGGAAAAGCCAGUGGAGCUGGGGGAGCCCAACUUGCUCAUCUGCCUGGCGGACGAGUUCUCACCACCGGUAGUGAAGCUCACCUGGCUGAAGAACGGGCAGAAGGUGGAGGAGCACGUGCAGGAGACGGUCUUCUACCCCAGCAGAGAGAACACCUUCCGCAGGUUCUCCUACCUGCCCUUCGUCCCGGAGGCCGAGGACGUCUACUACUGCCGGGUGGAGCACUGGGGCCUGGCCCAGCCCCUCACCAAGGAGUGGAAUGCCAACAUGGCUGAGCCCGUCCCAGAGACAGGGGAGAACGUGGUGUGUGGCCUGGGCCUGGUCUUGGGCAUCGUGGGCGUCAUCGUGGGCACCGUCCUCAUCGUCAAGAGCCGGCAGAUGGAUGAGGCCAACUUACGCCGGAGGCCGAUAUGAGUCCUGCCUGCAGCUGCAGACAACUUGGGACAGAAGUAAUUGACAGUAAAUGUGCCACACCCUUCCUGUCGAGCUCUGCCUCUGCCUCUUUCCCGACCUGCAUCCUUUGCUGCUUCUUCCUCGGCCGAGCCCCCUCCUCCUGCAUCAGCGCAGCGCAGAGAAUCCAUUGGGGGAGCAAUUUCCUGAGCCUCAGCAUCCUUCAAUGGGCCCCUCCCACCAAUAUGGUGCCCACACUGAAAUGGCCCUGCAGGGGCUCAGCCAGGUGAAGGGGUCAGAGUGUCCCCCUUGGCAGUGCCCCCAAAGCCAGACCCCAGAGGUCUGCUAGCUCCUGCCCCCAAUGGGCCCACCAUGUUGUUUUCCAUUUCUGCCAUAGUCAAGUGGGACCCCCUUCUCUCAUUGUGCCUUAAUGGUUCUCAUAGGGUCUGUUCCUGUGGCCCUUCCCUAGAAGGGGGUCCUCCCUCCCCUGGAGUCUGCUUGGAGGCCUCAUCCAGUCCAGAGUGCAGGCAGAGAUUUGCACUGAGAUGCUUUCUGUCUCCCCACUUGCUUUGGGGUGUGUGGAGGGUUUGCCUGCCCUAUUUCUGGUCCCAGAGAACCUCUGGGAAGAACCUGCUUGGACUCCUGAGUAGAACAUACCAGCCAUUUUAUUCCUUCCACGUCAGGGACUUGGAGAGAGUCUGCCCUGGUUCUGGGCAUUACAUUAUUAGGUAGUAUUCAUUCUCCCUGGUAGUGGUCAGUUGGUGAGGAAGGGGAGCUGACGGGGCCUCCUUUGGACUGGCUCCUCGUCUGUGACUUUAACAGCAGUUUGGCAGGCAGAAGUAAUGCAGGUGAACCUUUUCUUGGCCUGGAGGAAGAUGGUGGAAAGUCCAUCUGCUUAAUUUCUCUGCUGUUAGAGAAGUGGAGCCAGUAGAAAAGGAAGAAACUGUAGAGAGAGGGAGUGGACAUGAUCCGUGCAGGUGUGGACAGGCAGAGAAGUCAGCAGAAGACUCGGUGUUCUUCAGCAACGCCCCCCCCCCCAUCCCAUAAUGCUGAACUUGGUCCUGGGAAGGAACCCUUCCGUAGCCUGCAGCAUGAAGCCAAAGCAGCUUCCUCUAGAGCAAACCAGCCCUGCACUCCGGCCAGGCUCUUCUUCCAUGGUUCAGGGCUGGGGAGGUGUUUGGGGAGAGAUUUCGCUAUGUAAAUCUGCUUGGGGGGGGCAAGGCCUCUCCAUAGCGAUGCCCCUCCCAACAUUUCCCUAUUGCCAUUUUUCUGAAAAAGGAAUAAAUUGGGUUUUUGUCUUGUCCAA